AUGUCUUUUGAAGAUUGGAAACGAAUCAAAGUGAAAAAUGAAACAAAUUAUAGGAACACGUCAUUGGUUUCUUACGCUAACAGUGAGAAUCGAUUUAACUAUGCGUCUAUAGAUUGUGCCGCCAAAAUCAUCAGUACUAACGAUGGAGCCAAAGAAGCCAAGUCCGUUUUGAAGGAUGACAAGGAUAGUUAUCUUAUAAACAAAUGUUCCAGCCCGGAAAAAUUUGUUAUCAUCGAAUUAUGUCAAGAUAUUCUCAUUGAUUUGGUUGAGAUAGGGAACUUCGAAUUCUUCAGUUCAAACUUCAAGAGAAUUAAAAUCAGUGUCAAUGAACGGUACGAGGAUAAAAAUUGGAAGAGUUUGGGGGAAUUCGAAGCGACAAACUCUCGAGAUUUACAGAAAUUCAAGAUUUCUAAUCCUAUUAUAUGGGCUAAAUACUUGAGAAUCGAUAUCUUAGAUCAUUAUGGUAAUGAGUUCUAUUGUCCUAUAUCAUUAAUCAAGGUCUAUGGUAAGACAAUGAUUGAAGAUUUUAAAGAGGAAACCAUCAAACAAGUAGAAGAAGAAAUCGAUGAAUGUAAAGUUAGUCCCUCAUUGCCAUAUUUGGAACUAAACCAAUUUUUAAGUACUAUCCCAGAAUAUUGUAAUGUUGAAGAUGAAACCACCACCAUACCUCAGGAUUCUAUUUAUAAGAGUAUCAUUAAGCGUUUAUCAUUAUUAGAAUCUAAUGCCAGUCUUUCAUUAUUAUACUUACAAGAACAGAGUAAAUUAUUAUCCAAUAGUUUUAGUAAUCUUCAACAACAACAUCAAACAGAAUUAGAAGAUUUGGUUCGAAGGUUUAAUGUUACUGUCAAUGAACAGAUCUUAAAGCUUGACCAGUUCAAUCAGUUGAAAUUAUUUGAGUCAAAUAAGUUAGUCACGGGUUUGGCUAAUGAUCUAUCAUUUUAUAAGAAAUUGUUACUUAUCAAUUUCUUCCUUUUGAUUAUUUUACUUAUAUUCACCAUACUAUCGAAUGAGAUCCCAUUGGAGAUACCAAAACCUACUUAUCAGUUCAAGGUAGGUCAGACGAAGAAGAAAUAUAAUAAGAAAUUUAAAUAUAAGCAUUAG